AGAAAGACUUCCCAGAUAGAGAGUCUUCUUUGUGAUAAAGUACCACAGUUUCUCAUUUGCAAAUUUAUUCUUUUUCUGUCUGUACAGUACAGUUCCAGAAUGCGGUAAUCGAAGCUUUGAACCAUAGGAUCGAGGACGCAGCGGUAUUUGGAUCUGUUUGGUGGUUCUCUGUGACUGUGACUUUGUUAGUGGAAGUGAUUUCAGAGUUUCCGGGAAAUCUAAAAUUAGAAUUCCAAGAAAAUCAAAAAUGGUGAUACACGAAGAAAUACCAAUCCCAGUGCCCUCGUUGCUGGAGCCUGCGUACGGCGAGGGGUCUCAGUACGAAGAACCUCGAUUCCACGAUUUCCAGCCCAUGCGAAAUUUUCGCACUGAUCCCACUUUCGAUGGCUCCUCAGGUGCACCAAUUGAUUCAUCGGCGAUAUCUGUAAAGGUCUCUGGUAUUACUUCAAAUGAUACAAAAUUUACAAAUUUGGCUUACAUGAAGGUGGAACAAAUUGAGAAAAUCAUGAUCAACAAGCAACUCCAAAGCAGAUGGUCUAAAACGUUCAAGAAAAACUAUCAUGUUGUGGUGAAUGACAAGUUGGUUGUACAGAUUCGAGAGGACAAUACUCUGAAAGAGGGGAUAAUAGCCUUGGAUGAAAUGAACGCAAGUUUGCCAAUAUAUCAGUGGGAGAGUUCGUGAUGGUCAAAUUAUUUGAGCCCAAAAAUGAACUAGACAUGGAAGAACUGGAGGUGGUAGUUUAUAAAUUGAACAAGAGUGUUAAGCUUGAAUACACUGCAUUGCAGCUUGAACUGAGCAAGAGGUUUAAGAAACAAAUAAUGAAUAAUGGCCAGAAUGUGUCAUUUCAAAUCGACGCUUAUUUUAAAAUUACUCGCAUAAGAUUGCUGGGACAGGCUAAUCAAUGCUAUAAUGAACUGGGCAGAAUAACUAGCAAAACAAAUAUUGUUAUCAGGUCUCCUAAAGUGUUUGACAAAGAAAUUCAGAUGGAAAAUAUUGAGAAGAUGUUAGUGUCACUGGGCAUUGGUGGCAUAGGACCGACAUUUCGGUCCAUAAUUCAAAAAGCUUUUGCCAGUAGAUUUCUUGACCCAGUACUUUGCAAAAGCUUAAACAUCAGCCAUGUAAAAGGAAUGGUAUUACACGGUCCACCUGGGACGGGAAAGACCCUACUUAUGAGAAAACUUGUUGACCUAUUGGGUGCAGUGAAACUAAAGGUUGUAAAAGGUCCUGAGCUAUUAGUCAGGUGGGUGGGUGAGAGCGAGCAAAAUGUGAGAAGACUUUUCUCUGAAGCAAUAAGAGACCACGGGCUUUAUGGAGAUGAAAGUCCUCUCCAUAUAAUCGUCAUUGAUGAAUUUGAUUCAAUAGCAAGGAGAAGAGGUCAAUCCACCCACUCAGAAGUGCAGGAUGGCAUUGUGAGUCAAUUACUGACAAUGAUUGAUGGUUUUUCUAGUAUGAACAACAUCUUCAUUAUUGGAACAACAAAUCGGUUGGACCUUAUAGAUAGAGCUCUCUUGAGACCGGGCCGAUUGGAGCUUCUUCUUGAGGUAGGCGUUCCUGAUGAAAGAGGGCGUCUUGAGAUACUGAAGAUUCACACCCAAAGUUUAGUAGAAACCUCUUUACUUGAGCCAGCCAUUAACCUUGAAGAGAUAGCUCGUUUGACUCCAAAUUGGACUGGAGCAGACCUUGCUGGUCUCGCAAGAUUUGCGUUGUCAAAUGCUAUUUAUCGAACCAUGGAAAGCACUCUUGGGCCAAUUGAUAAAGAAAGGAUCAAAGUAAGUCUAAAUGAUUUCAAGGAUGGAAUUGAAGAACGACAUGCAACCAAAAACUCAGCAAUUGUUGACAAACUAGACAAUCACAGGGUAAAUGCCCUCUUGGACAUCUCCCAUGUUGAUCCUGUUUUCACAGCUUUCAAAAGAGUUGAUCAAAUUGCAAAUCAACUUUUGUGUUGUAAAUCCCAUCACUUUUUUACCUGCCUUUUGGCAGGACCAAACGGGUGUGGAAAAACAACUUUGGCUGCACACAUUGUCCAAAAACAAUAUUUUAAACAUGUGGAUAUGGUUCAACCAGAAUCAAUGAUUGAUUUCUCUGAAAAAGAAAAAUCCCAGAAACUUGUGGAGAUUUUUGAGGAUUCUUUGAAAUUCGAUUCAAGCCUUAUCAUCCUUGAUGAUAUUGAGAGAUUGGUUGGAUAUACCGAGGUUGGACAAUAUCUAAAAGAAUUUUCCGAAACCUUAAAGGGUCUACUUAGAAAGCAUGAUACAAAGGGGAUAAAAGUUCUUGUGUUAGGAACCACAAGUGAAAAGGAUAUAUUGGAGCAAAUCGGAAUCUCUGAGCUUUUUGUCUUCCAAGUAGAAAUUCCACCAUUGAAAGGUGAUGAUUUUAUAAAGAUCCUACAACGCUCAAAUAUUUGCAAUAAGGAAGUAAUUAAAGCAGCAGUGUCGAAGAAAAUUUCCCUCAAAGAAUUGCAUUUGUUGAUUGAUCUUACGCGCAAUGGGAUCGCUGGGGGGGACCUUUUGGAGUAUUUGCGUUGCAUCAAUAUGAGCGAUGGAAAGUUAGCUCAAGCACAAGCCGAAUUAGCCAGAGUACAGACUGAGUUGACCCAGGCACAGGCUCGAGUGACAGAGAGAGAAACUUAUUGGCAGUCUGAGCUUGAUUCCAGGAUUUCUCAACUUUCUCACCUUCAUGAUCAGCAGACAAGGGAGCUCCAUUCUCAGAUUUUUAACCUCCAGUUCCAGAUUGAAUUACCUACUAGGGACGUUAAUUAGGAGUUCUUAUCAAGGGAUCCCUCCUGAGGCUGCUACCACUCAUGUCCAGCCACCUAUGCUUCCGAGUCAGCCCUCUUCUUCACAUUACGAGGGGCGCCCCGGAGGUGCCUACAUUUUUAGAUGUGGAUGCAAAGGUCCAGUUCAGAGAGGAGAUUGAACAGGGAUCCCUGGGUUGCCUAAUAUUCCCUAGAAGUGAUCUUCCUCUUGGCAGUUCGUUUUCUUUGCAGUAUAUUUUCAGUACUUCCAGACAUGUAUUAUUAUUUCUGGGCAUGUAUUUCCAUUUUGGGUGUGUAUCAAUAUUUUGUCAUGUAUUUUGACAUGUUUAUCUUUUCUCAUCACGUACUGCUUAUCAUCUUGUAGAUGCGUGUUUCUUAUACUGCUUGUUUGCACGCUCUUGGUGUUAUUAUGCAUUGAAGGAUA